AUGAACGCCGUUUCUGUACUCAUCAACCAGCGCGUACAGUUCUCCCGUUUGGCCUCGACGUCGUCGUCCGAGUCGUCGUCGUCACCGAGACGGUCGUCGUUUACGGAGCCUUUCGCGGCGACACAACGACGUACCAUCGCGAAUGCGAGAAGCAAUCGCGCUCGAAUUCCAUCGAAUCGAUUUCCGACGGCGGCGGUUACUCGCAGUCACGGGGAGACGAUUCAGACGACGAGACGAACGAGAAAGCAUCAUCAAACGACUCGAAGCUUUCAUCACGAUCGCGCGGAAAAGACGGCGGUGGUCACUCGCGCGUCUGCGGCGACAACUGGGGGCGGGGCGACCGCGCACACCAUUCCCGGUCUCUCGUCCAUGAAGAAAGCAGAUUUGGUACGACAUUGCGAGGAGCGAGGUUUGGACGCGAGCGGGACGGUUCCGGUGUUGAGGCAAAGAUUGAGAGACGCGGUCUCAUCGUCGUCGUCGUCGCAACCUUUUGUGGAGGUGGUUGCGGAGGAGGAGAGCGAAACUUUGAUCGUCGCGGCUGCUGUUGUCGCGGACGACGUGGAAACCGAUGAUGGCGAUACUACGGAGAGCUACUACGUAAAGGAAACGUUCUCGAUUAAAGACGAAGCGGACGACGAGGAGCAAGACGCGAUCGCGCGAAGACUCGCGUUGGAAUUAGCCGUGGAGGCGGAUAACACGAGAGCGAAGGAUAUUCGCGUGUUACAAGUGUCUAAGGCGGUUUUUUACGCCAGGUACGUCGUUUUAGCGACGGCGUUUAAUCGUCCUCAAAUGUCCGCGGUGACGUCGAAGAUGAGAGACGUGGCGAAUAACGAGACGUACAACUUGCAAGUUCCGAAAAAUGUCGCCAAUCAGGGCGAUUGGACGUGUUUAGAUUGUCGUGAUGUCGUUGCGCACGUGUUUACACCAACCGCUCGAACGUAUUACGAUUUAGAAGAUUUGUACCGAGAAUGCGACGAGGUGGAGCUGCCUUUCGAGACCGAACGAAUGCACGACGGAUUUUACGCCGAGGAAGAUCAAGAGUUUUACGAGGACGAAGAGGAAGACGAAUCGGAGGAUUUAGAGGACGAGUUUGAAAUCAAUUGGAGCGAGAAGUAA